UUGUUGUGAUUGACGUCAGUAGUCGGGGUUCAACUUUCGCUAUACGCUCUGUUGUCAAACAACGUGCUUUUAUACCAUCGGAAUAACGAUGUCCGAAAUGCUGAUGACAUCCACGGAGGAAAUACCACUGUGCCCGGUGAAAGCAGGCGAGCGUCCGGGCGGCGUACGGAGCUUCCUGUUGGUGGAUGACCAGGAAAACCUGCAGGUCCACGAUGAGUCUGAUUUUGUUGAGAGGCUCAACUGUGGGGACGUCGGAGGUGUCAAAGUUAUCUCCAUCUUUGGAAACACAGGGGAUGGCAAGUCACACACCCUUAACCACAUCCUGUUCGGUGGUCAAAGUGUGUUUUAUACUUCCAAGUCCCCCAGCUCGUAUACAGUGGGUGUGUGGGCCGCCUAUGACCCUUCCCAUAGCCUAAUUGCCCUGGAUACCGAGGGCUUGUUGGGGGCCGCUGCCAAUCAAAAUCAGAGCAUGCGGCUGCUGCUUAAGAUACUGGCAGUGUCCGAUAUAGUAAUCUAUCGGACGCGAGCAGAGCGCCUGCACAAUGACAUGUUCCAGUUCUUGAGCAGUGCUUCGGGGGCCUAUCUAAAGCACUUCACUCCUGAACUGAAGGCCGUAUCCAGACGCUGCGGGCUGGACGUGCCCCUCUCCCAUCUUGGCCCUGCCAUUAUUGUCUUUCAGGAGACAACGCAUACACAGCUCCUGGGCGACGAUUCAAAGGUGGCAGGCCAUGCUGAAACGCAGCUCCAGAGGCGUUUUCAUGAACUGGGCUUAGGGACAGACGCCUUCAGCUCAGUACAGUACGUGGGUACCCAAACAAUUACGCCUCCUACGAAUUACAGCGGACUGCUGGACGCCGUCAUUCAACAAGUGAAGAACACUCACAUACGCUCGGCCCGACAUCCUGGCAUAGUGUUUCAUGCUCUAGAAGCUCUUAGUGAACGUUUCUGUGAUGAGCUCUCAGAUGACAAGAUUAAUCUGUAUACCUUCUUCCCUGACGAGUACUUUACCUGCUCUGCUGUUUGCCUGAGUUGCAAUAUUCGCUGCAAGAAUGGAAUUAACCAUCUGCGAGACAGGGUUCCCCACAUGGCAGACGGACUGUGCCAGUAUGCACACCAGUACAGCAACAAAGUCCUUAUUUGUAAGCGGUGCUAUGAAAGAGGCAGAGAGGUGUUAGUUGUGCCUAAAACCUCUGCAUCCUCUGACAACCCAUGGUUUGGACUGGCCAAAUUUGCCUGGUCAGGUUAUGUGUUAGAGUGUGCUAGCUGUGGCGUCAUCUACCGCAGCAGACAGUACUGGAUAUGGAACCAAGACCCUGAGAUCAGCGUGAACCAAGACCCUGAGAGCAGCGUGGUGCGUUCUGAGGUCAAACAUGUUUGGGAGGGGUCGGACACCUUCCUCACCAACCACCAGAAUGCAGCUCAGAGAGUCCUGGAUGGGAUGAACUAUGUGAUCCAGUCAGUGUCGGAGUACAGCACCGGACCAACCAAAACUGUCACAGCCUGGCUCACCGACCAGGUCGCGCCACUGUACUGGAGACCCAACACAGAGAUUAGGGCCUGUCAUGGCUGUCACAAGGUGUUUGAGGAGGCAGAGCGUAAGCACCACUGCCGGUCAUGUGGGGAGGGCUUCUGCCACUUGUGCUCCAGCUACAGGAUACCAGUCCCAGAGAGGGGCUGGGGCAGCAGCCCUGUCAGGGUGUGUAUGGCCUGCUAUCAGCAGGGAGGACCACCUGAAACCAACAAUCAGGUGUGUAAAGUGGAGCCUCGUGGUCUCAUCGCUCGCAGGGUGGCAGAGGUGGCUCAGUCUACGUUGGACAUGGUCAGCACCGUUGUGGACUAUCCUCUCUGCUUUGUAAAGGACGUAGCACGACCAGACUACUGGGUUCCAGACCAGGACAUCACUCAGUGCCAUCAAUGCUGCAAAGUCUUCACCCCAGUUAUGUCCAAGCACCACUGCAGGGCCUGUGGUCAGGGUGUGUGUGGCCCCUGCUCCACACACAUGAAGCCUGUCCCCUCCAGAGGGUGGGACCACCCUGUGCGUGUGUGUGACAGCUGCAAAACCCAAACCGAUGGUCUCUAAACUUUAAAUCUCGAAUGGAUCUGAAGGUAUGACAACGGGUGCCGGCCACGUGUUCCUUACCUUUUCGGCCUUUUUUUUCUACAUCCUGCUUGGUUUAGUAGACAAUAUGGUGGUCUUCACUUUACUUCGGGUUCCAACACACUGAAGCCCUCCACAAAGUGACCUGUGGUGUCAAACACUGAACCAGCAGGAGAUUUUCUGCUAGAAUAUUUUGAACAUGAUUUUUCAAACACGACGGUGACUUUAGAGUACCUUCUCGUUCUGUCAUGAACAAGCUUGUUUUUAGCUCACCAGACAUCUAAUCUAACAGGAAGGAAGGUAAGGGUGGAGGCCAGUACAGUUUAGUCACUGCAAAGAAUGUUUAUGCAUUACAGACUGGAUACGUUUAAAUGUCCAGCUUGGUUCUGGUCCGUUUUAUAUGUUUAAAGUAAAUAAACAGGGUUGAAUUGUCUUAUAAAUAACAUUGUUGCGUGAUCAUAAAUACAUUUAGUCAUGCAACAUUCUUAUGGUUCAUUGUUAGCAUACUCCCACACUGCUUUACAUUACUGAGGUAGAUUAUUAUUAAUAGUCCAUCUGUCACGGUUUGUGCUUGAAAUGUCAUAUCAGUGAUUAUUCUAUCUGUUAUCACAGUACAGAAUCAGCAGAUAAAAAUGUUCCGCAGUAUUGUUAUUCUAACACAAAAUGAUUAGGGUUAAAAGUAGUCCUUAAAAAAUUUAAUGAAACGGUGAUUUCUUUUAAAAGCGAGAGCAAUUCCUUUCCUUUUAUCCUUGUUAUAAUCUCAGCCAAUGCAUCAGGAAACUCACUUGCUACUUUAUUCAGCCCACCAGCAGCUUCUACAGUUUAUUAUGUUCCCUAUAAUUGUAGUGAUCACAAAGGAUUCAUUAGAAGAGUUGAUUUGUUUUCAUAAAGCUUCAAAAAGUGGUCAAAUAAUGUAGAGGUAGAUAUUUAAAUCAAAACUUUCCAGCAGACUAUUAUUUGGCGCGUCGUCCUUGUAAUGCCGCAUGUGCACACAAGAGGGCGGUAGAGGAAUGGCUAAAUUGGUGUGAACUGUGUAUAAAAGAGCACUUGUGAAUGGCUGUGGGGGAAAUACUAGCAGGGGAAUUUUAAGGAAGAUUUUGUAGAAUGUUGUAAAAGUCAGAAUAUGUAUACAAUUGACUGCCUUUGGGCAUAUCCACACUAUAAAGAAGCAGAAAAGAUAAACAAUUAGUUGUACUCGUGUAGGUCUAACGUGUAACUGGCACAGUUACAGUGUAUCUGCCGGUUUGUGUUUCAACUGUAAUGAAGUAAUGUCAUCAUGGAACGUGUACCAAUAUGUAGGCUUGAACAGUUAUUAAUAUUAAAAUGAAUAAUAAAUACAUAAAUAGAAAAUCAUUCCAAAUAAACAAAUACAUAUUUUUUCGAAAAAAAUGUGACUGACAUGUUUUAUAGUGUAUAAAUCAAUUCUAAAACACUGUUUAAAGAUUUAAAAAAAAUGGUAAAAUUAAGACAAAUAGAACCAAAAGACACAAUGUAAUGAGAAAAAAAGCUGAACUAAAAAUGAAAGCUCCUAACACAAAUAUUUUAAUAGGCUAGUAUACCAUAUACAUUAUAUACAUAGCUUUUUACAAAAUCGAAAAAAUAAAAGCAUCCUUUGUUUUUUUGUUUUUCAGUACGUAGCCCUUAAAAAGUUUGGACACCCCUGGACUACUUACAUUGAUUGUAUACAAUUGUGUUUUGAAUUAAACUUAACAUUUUUGAUCCAAACACUAAAGAAAAACUGUUGGAAUUUUACUGUGAGACAAGAGCACUCAUGUCUUUCUCUUUUAUGUGCCUUCUAAAUAGUAAAACAACUUGUAGUAAGAGGCAGCUAACAAGGCAGGGAUUUUACCCUCUAAAAAACCCUCCAACACUGUUUAUAUACAUACUGGAAGUUUGCAUGUAGUGUAGUAACUGGCACAUUCAUGAUAACAUGUAAUAUUUACAGUAUUUUGGUCCUUUUGAGUUUUACCGUAACUUGUUUCAUGGGUGCAUUGAUUUCACAGCAUCAACAACAGCUACCACUAAUGGCAAACUUUGUGAGAGCCUUGGAGCAGUAUCAUGUAGCACUGUUGUUAACCAUUUCAAAUAAGAACAUAAAACCCUGACUUACAAUGUCCGCUCUCACUGGGAUUCCGACUGAUGGGAUGGUUGUAUCUUUCAGCUGAUAAAUUCAGAAUAAUCCUCUCUCCUCAGAUAAAAAAAAUGCUGGAAGCAAAUAUAUAUUUGCUGAGUCUUUCUAGUUUUUCAUUUGUUGAGAGCCAAGUGCUUGCUUUUUACGUAGCGUAUGGAAUUUCUAAAUUGACCAACUUCUUAGCUUGGUGCCACAACUUACUACUACCGGUAUACUGUACUGUACAUGUGAGAUGCAUGUUUUAUUAGCAAGC